CAUCACGCAGUUUUAGCAUUACGACUGUAGUCUCGUUAUUGCUCUUCUUAUCUCUCUUUCUCAUUCUACAAUGUUAGCUGGCUCUUCUCUCACCGGCUACCACCUAUCGCGAAGUCGCAGACGUUGGUUCUUGGACGCACCCUAGUUCUGGAUCUUCCCUUGCUUGAUUCUAUCGGCCUACUACGUUACACGUGCCCAGAAAUGGACGAUGAGAUCCCUUCUUCCUCUCUUCCUCUUCCUACGGGAUCGUCGUCUCCGACCGCGAAGUCUCAAUUCAAGUCAAUCUCACCAGAUCUAAGCACCAUUCCGCGGAUUCUUAUCUUAUCAGCCCACUUCAAGGGUGAUGAAGAGCGCGAUGUUGAGACAACGCUGCGCCGACAUGGUGCACUACUCACUUCUGAUGCCUCGAAAGCGCAGUUGUUUAUUGGAAAGGUAGGCACAAAGAGACGUGCGGAGUUUGAGCUGAGGUCGAGGAAGCUUAAGGCUGAGGAGGUUAUUGAAACCAAACGGACGGCAAGUGUUGCGAAAUAUAAGACCACGCGCAAGAGAAGAAAGAUCUCUGGUACCCAGGUAAAACCAAUUUCUAUCGAUUCCGAGUCCUCUGCUGGAGAAGAAACAGAGGAUGAAGCAAUAGACGAGGCCUCGACAGACGGCGAAGGUCCUGCAUCGAAACGAGACACCCCGUUCACUCCCCCCACCAAAUCUGAAAAGAGAUCUACAGCACCACCUGCAAUGUUUGCGAACCCGACUGGAGAAGAUAUUGUAUGGGUCAUCAAAACGAACUGGCUGCACGAUUGUGUCACGGCUGGAUCCUUGGUUCCUCUUGGGGAUCACUUAGUAUAUAAAGGCAAGGUACUUGAACGACCAACAUCGCCAAAACCAUACCACCAGCCAGCCGCAACGUGUUUAUCUUCACCGACCCCUGAAGUCACCCCCGCAUCUCAAAACGCCUUCGCAAUUCGCCCCCAGACCGGUCAGAGUAUCUUGGAACGCGCAAAGUCCGACCGGUUUGGCACAGUAUCGAGCUCGAACUACCAACGAUACCGGUCUAGGGACCACGGAUCCCACCGAUUUGAAGGAAAGGCAUUCAUGUCAACUGCCCAACAAGCUGGCCAUACCCCAUCGCAAUUAGUACACCCUCCUCAGCAAACGACUAGUGAAUACGAUGGCGAAGAUAGUGACAUUCCCCCUCCGCCACCAUGGGUGAAAAAGCGCGUCAAGUAUGCAUGUCAACGCUUCACGCCCUUAAAUUGUCCUAACGAAGAUUUCAUCGAAUUGCUCAAGAAGAUCCGAAUAGCUAGGAUCCUCAUUGAUGAUCAAAUCGGAGUGCGGGCAUACUCUACCAGCAUUGCCGCCAUUGCAUCAUAUCCUUACAAAUUCAUCUACCCGCACGAGAUUCUCCGCCUUCCUGGCUGCGAAAACAAAAUUGCAACCCUUUGGUUCGAGUGGAAGAAUACGGGCAAGAUCCGGGCUGUUGAGGACUUCGAAAAUGACGAAACUAUGAAAGUGCUGCGCCUGUUCUACGAUAUUUUGGGCGUUGGUGCCAAGACAUCCCGCCAGUUCUUCUAUCAGAAUAAUUGGACGGAACUCGAUGAUAUCAUUGAAUUUGGAUGGCACGAUCUAGACCGCGUGCAGCAAAUCGGUGUGAAAUACUACGACGAAUUCCUAGACCCGAUACCUAGGGCGGAAGUCGAACAGAUCGCGUCUGUCGUCCAUAAGCAUGCUAUCCGCGCCCGUGACACCCGCAUCUCCGUCACGAUCGUCGGUGGCUACCGACGAGGGAAAGAAGCAUCAGGUGAUGUCGACAUCAUUGUCUCACACCCCGAUCUCGAGGCUACGGCGAAUUUAAUCAAAGACAUGGUUGAGUCCCUUGAAGAUGCAGAGUGGAUUACACAUACCCUAACAAUGAGUCUGAAUGGCACAAACAGAGGCCAGUCCACGCUUCCGUUUCGAACUACAAAGGCAUCUGGGGGCGGCUUUGAUACCCUAGAUAAAGCGCUCGUGGUUUGGCAGAAUCCGCUUUGGCCGACGAAGGAGGAUGAUAAGAAGGAUAACCCUAGUGCAAAGAACCCGAAUAUGCACCGUCGGGUCGAUAUCAUUGUGUCUCCCUGGCGGACGGUGGGUUGCGCGGUUCUAGGAUGGAGUGGCGGGACGACGUUUCAGCGAGACUUGAGAAGAUACACGAAGUACGUGAGAGGUUGGAAGUUUGAUAGUAGUGGGAUACGGAGUCGACAUACUGGGGAAGUCAUACAAUUAGAGGGGCCAGAUGGCGUCCAGGGGACGGCAGAGGAUGCGGAAAGGAAGGUAUUUGAGGGGCUGGGAUUGGAAUUUAUACCACCGGAUCAAAGAUGUACUAAUUGAUUAGCAUUACAUGUUUAGCAAUCUGGUUGACAAAGUUUGUGCUUAACAUCCCCUUUCAUUUAUAUGUUUUCCGUUUUCAGCUUUUCUCAAGCGAUUGUCCAACUCUCUUCAAUAUG